AUGACAGAGCAUAAACACAGUCCUUUCACACCACUUAUUAAUCACAACAAUGUUUCGCACAGCUAUACUGAAGAAGGUCAGGAUUGUAAGAUCUUUGAUUCUGAUGAAUUUGGUAAGCUACAGGAAGUAAUGCCAAGACUACCUAUGUUAUUGUCUUUAUGGAUGGCAAAUUUCUUGGCGUCGAUGGAUCGUACUAUUAUUGCAAAUAUUAUGAACAGUGUCACCGAAGAGUUUAAAGAAUCUCACAGGAUUCAAUGGGUAGCAACUAGUUUUCUUUUGACUAGUACAGUUUUUCAGCCGAUAUAUGGAAAGCUGUCUGAUGUUACAGGUCGAAGGUUUGUUUUGGUAUUGGCAUAUUCGUUAUUUCUGUUAGGAUGUUUGGUGACAGCGUAUGCGAGAAAUAUUUGGGAAUUUGCAUUUGGGAGGGCUAUAUGUGGGAUUGGUGCCGGGGGGAUUCCUACGAUGUGCGUUAUAACGAUGGGUGAUAUGUUUAGUGUCAAGGAACAGAGUAUUUAUCAGAGCUACGCGCAUAUUAUUUAUACUAUUGGUGAGGUUUUGGGUGCUCCAAUUGGUGGGAUAGCUCUUGAAACUGUUGGUUGGAGGGCUAUAUUUUUGGCACAAGUUCCUGUUUUAACUAUUUGCAUUUAUUUGACACUUUGCGAUGAUGAUCUUGCUCAGCAGCAUAUACCACCACAUGGAGAAAGAUUGACAUGGAAAAACAUAUCACGUAUGGAUUUAAGUGGCUCAAUUUUAUUGAUAAUAUCCCUUUGUGGAGUUAUACUUUUGAGUUCUGCUACUAUUAUUGAAUAUUGGAUGUGGCUAUUAGUGAUUGCGUCUGCUGGCCUAUUCAUAAUCAAUGAACUAUACUGGGUUAGUGAAUGUAUUAUACCAUUCAGAAAGUUAAAAGGUGCAAUUGGAUUAACAUCGCUAUUAUUACUUGUUUCAUCUUUCAUAGAAUAUAGUGAGUUAUACAGGACACCUUUGUUUCUACAGCUGGUUCAAAAUAUGUCUACCUCAACAACAGGUGUUGUACUAUUAUUUAGCAGUGCUGCUUCAGCUGUUGCAACUCUACUAUCCGGAUGGGUGCUACGGACUACAAGGACCAAUCUUGGGGAGGCGUCGUUUAACCACAUGUUUGGGAGCAUGACACUGCAAGUAGCUGGGCUAACUACUAUUUUGGUCCUUAUUCAUUUCUUAAAUCCAGAUCAGUCAUCUAUUCAAGUUACCUCUGAACAUCGGCUAGCGCCGUUCAUGAUGAACAGUGACUCUGCAGUUUGGAAAAUCAUUUAUGUUGCUGCGUUGAGUACUGUGAGCAGUGGCCAUGCUGGCUUGUUGGUAUCAACACUAACCAGUAUUUUCGUUCAUACCGAAACCCCAGAUCGGGCAAUGUUCACUGGGGCAUUUUAUCUAUUCAGAUACAUUGGUAGUGUUUUGGGAGCAUCCACAGCAUUAUCAGUAUAUGAAAGUGUUUUAUCCAAACGUCUAUGGAACUACCUGGACCUCAAUAAUAUGAAAGAUUCAUAUGACGGCUUAAUGCAUGAUUCCAGUUACUUAAGACAGAAUUUCACUGGCUCAAGAAUUUCGGAUCUACUAGAUAUCUACAAAUCUAGUUUUCAAACGUCUUACGUGCCAAACAUCAAGCUAGGCGAAUUUUCCAUAGCCUUGCUUGUGUGGUACCUAAUGAAACAAUGA